AUGAUGAAAAUUGGACUGUUGGAUGGUGGAGAUGGGAGGUCCAAGCAUUCGCCGAAAGUAGGCUUCCAGGUAGUAAGGUGGGCCAAACCGCAGGUGGUUUGGGCCAAGUUGAACAUUGAUGGGUCGGCGAGAAGCAGCCCGGGCCCAUCUGGUGGUGCUGGGAUUUGUAGGAAUUUAGGUGGAGACCUCAUCUUUGCCUUCUCGAUGGGGUUUGGGGUGGGCUCUAGCAACAGGGCGGAAUUACACUCCGUUUGGCAAUGUCUCUCCAUGCGUAGAAGUCCGGGCCUCUCCAAAGUUGUGGUAGAAUCUGACUCCAGCUUUGUGGUUGAUCUUGUGAAUAGGACCGCUAUCCCGAGCUGGGCUUGGGACCAUUGGCGUAAGAGAAUUGAUGAGAUUACUAUCAGUGGGUCCUUUUCUUUUUCCCACAUUCCGAGGGAGGUGAACGGUCCAACUGAUGGUCUAGCUCGGCUAGCUAGUGCCACCCAAGGCAACUCGGCUUAUUUUGUCUGGGCUGAUCUCCCUAGAGAUAUCAAAGGCUUAGUUUUGUUAGAUAAAACAAGGUUAGGGGCGGUUAAAGAGAUACCGUAA